AUGUUCCAACCAAAUGAUGACCCGAUCUCCAUAUUACCUCUUUUCAAGAAAACAGUGUCAACAGAUUGGUUCGAUAAUUCCAAAAUGCAAUUUCAAUUGCGAAACGUGAUGGGCAAAACAUCAAGAUUCUAUCACGUAAUAAUUUCCCUGCCGUUGGAAAUAGUCUCAAAUUUGUCAUUAAAAGUGCAAAGAGGAACAGAUUACGACGCUCUAAAAGCAGAGUCAUUAUCAACGUUCAAACAAACUAAACCAGAGCAAUUCCAAGAAAAAGAAUCUUUUAAAAUAAAUUUGAAUCCAGUGAAUGUAAACAAAAUUGAAGAGAGGCAACCUCCAGAAGAGUCCAAUAAAAUAAAAGUUGUCCUGAGCAAGAACGAAGAUAAAAAUGACAUCCAACAAUCACAACAGCAAAAUGCUGUGCAGAAUCUAGACAGAAGGUUGCAUGAGAAGCCAGAACAAAAUUUGAACCAGCAACAAAAACGGCAACCGCGUUUUCAGCAACAACGCCAUCAUCAACAUCUCAUGAAACAAGAUAAAUGUCAACCACAUUAUCAGCGACAAAAGCAACAUCAUUACGAGAAACAAGUUAAACGCCAGCGAUAUCAGUACCAACAACCACAUCUUCAAAGAAGAGUGGAAAAAUCAAAUUCAACUGAAAAAACAAACAUUUUUCCAUUUGAAUGUCUCCGCCUCUUGCGAGGGAAUAUUGUGAAAAUGAAAUAUCUUCAGCAAUAG